GGCGGCCGCCUCGGUCACUCCGGCCGGGGCCGCAGCGCACGAUGCGCGGCCUGGGGCUGCUGGGGCUGCUGGGGCUACUGGGCCUACUGGUCGUGGCCCCGGUUGGGCCGGCCCGGUCGCCGCCGUCGUGGCUGCCGCGGCCCCCGGCCCCCGGCCCGGCCCCUCCGGCCCCCGCCGACCUGCUGUACGCCGACGGGCUUCGCGCCUACGCGGCGGGGGCCUGGGGCCCGGCGGUGGCCCUGCUGCGGGGCGCGCUGCGGAGCCGGGCCCACCGCCGCCGGGUGCGCCGGGCCUGCGGGGCCCGCUGCGGGGACGGGAGCGAGCCGGGGGCCGAGCCCGGGACCCGCCUGCCCCCGCCGCCCGGCCGGACCCCCGGCCCCGGGCCCUGGGAGCCGCUGCUGGUCCGCGCGGCGCUGGCCCGGGCCGAGUGUCUCCGCCACUGUGCCGCCAGGGGCCUGGGGCCCGGGGCCGCCGGCCGCCACCGCACCGGGCGGGCCCUCCGCCAAGCCUUCCGACGCCGGGAGCCCUACAACUAUCUGCAGAGGGCUUACUACCAGCUGAAGAAGCUGGACAUGGCCGUCGCGGCGGCGCACACCUUCUUCGUGGCCAACCCGCGGCACCUGCAGAUGCGGGAAGACAUGGCCAAGUACCGGCGCAUGGCCGGCGUGCGGCCCACCAGCUUCCGGGACCUGGAGAGCCCCCCGCACUGGGCGGCCUACGACGCGGGCCUGGAGCUGCUGAGGCGGGGCGAGCCGGGGCCGGGGCUGGAGCGGCUGGAGGAGGCUCUGCGGGAGAGCCUGGACCAGGCCGAGGGCUGCCGCGCCGACUGCCAGAGACCCCGGGACGAGCUGGACGUGGGGGAGACCCCCGAGGCCGCGGGGGACGGGCGCGAGGAGGACGACACCCAAGGAGGUCUCUAUGAGGCCAUCGCAGAGCACUGGGUUCAGGUCCUGCGGUGCCGGCAGCGCUGCUCCGCGGACACGGCCACCCGGCCAGGCCGGACUUCUCCCGUCCCGGACUUCGUGCCGGACCUCCUGAGGAGGCUGCAGGAGGCCCACGCGCAGGUUGGGAAUCUCUCCCGAGCUGUGGAAAACGCUCUGAGUUUCCUGCUCUUCUACCCUGAGGAUGAGGCGGUGCUGAAGACGGUGGACCUGUACCGGGAGCGGCUGGGAGGAGACGGGGCGGAUGCCGGGCCGAGAGAGGACAUCCGCCGUUUGGUGCAACGCUCUCUGUGGGAGAAGCAGCUGCUGUUCUACGCCAUGGAGCACCUGGGGACCACUUUCCACGAUCCUGACCCCUGGACCCCAAAAGAAAUAAUCCCCGAGACCCUGAGAGAGAGGCUCAGAGAGGACCGGGAAAAGACCCGGAAACUCCCGCAGCCCCCGGAGGCCGAGGUCCAGGCAGACUGGAGGGAUGUGCUCCGUCUGGAGGGCGUGACGCUGGUCCAGGACGCCGGGCAGCUGAACGGCUCUGAGCGGGUGGUACUGGACGGGCUACUUACCCCAGCCGACUGCCGGGUUCUGCUGCAGCUGGCCCAGGACGCCGCGGGGGUGGGCGAUGGUUCCCGGGGCCGACGGUCGCCUCACACCCCGCACGAGCGCUUCGAGGGCCUCACGGUGCUCAGGGCCGCCCAGUUGGCCGAGGCCAGGACCACGGGCCACCAGGGGCCCAGGCUGCUGCUGACGGCCAGCGAGCGGGUCCGGGCCCUGACCGAGGCCUACUUCUCCCCCGGCGUCCCCCUGCACCUGUCCUUCACCCACCUCGUGUGCCGCAGCGCCAUCAAAGGGGAACAGGAGCAGCGAAUGGACUUGAGUCAUCCCGUCCACGCCGACAACUGCGUGCUGGAUCCGGAGAGCGGGGAAUGUUGGCGAGAACCUCCCGCUUACACCUACCGGGAUUACAGCGGCCUCCUCUACCUCAACGAGGACUUCCAGGGCGGGGACCUCUUCUUCACCGAGCCUGACGCCCUCACCGUCACCGCCCAGGUGCGACCCCGGUGCGGCCGCUUGGUAGCCUUCAGCUCCGGGGUGGAAAACCCACACGGGGUGUGGGCGGUGACCCGCGGGCGACGCUGCGCCCUGGCCCUCUGGCACACGCGGGCCCUGGAGUACAUGGAGCAGGAGCGAGCGGAGGCGGAGGAGCUCCUGAGCCGCCUGGAGCAGCAAGAAGGGGAGGAGUCGGCCGAGGAGGGGGCAGAUUCUGCCCCCGAGCCCCCCGUAGCCCCCCAACGGAGGCGGCGGGUCCGGGAGGAGCUGUGAGCCGGGCGGGGGCCGGCACCGUCAGCCCAAAGGGCGCCGUCCGGUCCCCGGGGCCUCCCGCCCGCCCUCACAGGCGGCGAAGCAGCCCGAGGACCUCAGAGAGAGACCGCACAUGCUCGUGGGACCCCUGGACUUCCUUCCCCCCCAAGCAGGGUGUUCCAGUGACCUUCCCCAGCCGAGCCAAUCAAUCAAUCAAUCGUAUUUAUUGAGCGCUUACCGCGUGCAGAGCACUGGACUAAGCGCUUGGG